ACAACGGUUCUUGUCUGUCGCCUAGCAACCACAUUGUUUGGCUGCUCAUCAACCACAACUGUCGGCGGUAAAAGAAUAAAAUUAAAUAUUUCCACAUUAGCAAAACGUCUUGUUUUAGCUAGUUACAACCCAGUGUAUAAAGAUGUGUUGAUGGAGAUAAUUAGUAUUUGAUUUAUGGUCUAAUAUCGAUCGCAAUGUGCUGGGAUUACGUUGCCACGUAACUAUUUUUAUGCGACACAUGGUUGGCGCACAUUUUCUGCGCAAAAGCCACUGUCCUAGUCAGUGUCCCGGAGAUGUGUCAACGUAAACUGUAAACCCCCCCCCCCCCAUCUUCACAAAGCAGGCGACUGGCCCUUUAAGAGUUAUGUAGCAGGGCUAGCCGAUGUAGGACGAGCCGACCGUGCGUGUGCCUGCCUGCGGUCCCGCUGCCAUCCCCAUCAUGGCCUCCACACAGCCGCCACCGACACCACCGAGGAUGAACCGACCAGCCAGCGGCCCUUCCCUUCCCGGAGCGGAGACGGACGUCAAGCCGAAGCAGAGGCACCGGUAGAGGCGAGCCGCGCCGGGGAGAGCCGCCUCACAUCCCAUGCCACCCCGGUCUCCUCCAUGCCUUCGUCUAAAGCCAAGUACAGCUAUUCGAUAAAGAGGGGUGCGGACCCGGGCGGCGGCGGCGGCAGCGGCGGCGGCGGCAGAAACAUGACAACGAACAGGGAUUAUUCUGUUAAUCUGUCGGUGCAGCAAGUGCUGAGCCUUUGGGUGCAAGGCACGACGCUGCAGCACUUUACAGAGAUGUGGUACUGGGUGUUCCUGUGGUGUCUCUUCUCCUCGCUCUUCGUCCACGGGGCGGUGGGGCUGCUCAUGUUGGUCAUGCUGCAGCGGCACAAGAGGGGCCGCCUCAUCACGCUGGUGCUGGUCAGCGUGGGUUUCCUGGCCUCCCUCUCCGGAGGCGUCAUCACCAGCGCGGCGGUGGCAGGGGUGUACCGCGUGGCAGGGAAAGACAUGGCACCGCUGGAGGCUCUGGUGUUCGGCGUGGGCCAGACCACCCUCUCUGUCAUCAUAGCCUUCUCACGCAUCCUGGCUACUCUGUGAAGCAAACCCUCGACGAGCCGAAGGACAGACGCAGAGACGAGAGCGAAUGAAUCGUGCCAAUCUGAGACUUUUAGGUGCUCAUCGUGGCUGGGUUUGUGGAAAGAGAGGAGGCAGAAAUUGCUCUGGACCUUUGGGGCUGGAUGCAGGAGAGAGCGCCCCCCACAGUGUCUCUGCUCUGUUACUGCCACAAUCACACUGCAAUUCAGAGGGAACUCAAUGCAGGCCGAUUGUCUUCGUGUCAAAAAAGCAGCACCAGGCAGAGACGGCGCCAUCCUCAGCUUCUGGACUUGAAAGCCAUGUUGUGGGUGUUUCCAGAGUUACAUCACUUCUUUGUGCCAACAGCCUUCUCUGGGACAUCCAGAUGCCUUUGUGGCCACUGACUCUUAAAGGCUUUCUGUUGCACUUGUUGGGGGAAAAAAAACUAUUUUUUAAAAACAGCAGAGUGACGACCUGUAAUGAUGAUCUGACGAUCUCCUUUGGCGAUCAGCGUGAGAACAAAAGUUGAGCAAUGAAGGGAUGUUUAGGGAGUGGCGACCCAACAGUGUUCAUCAGCAAAAACACCAUUUUCUUCAGCUUCAAACAUCAGCCUCACCUCAAGGUCUUCACGACAUUCAAGUACAGAUUAUCAUGAUCACCUGAAUGAUGAUGAAUCAUGAUCCUUAAAUGGUUUAAAAGCUGCACCAUCCAACUCACGAGCAAGAUGCGGCUUUGAAUUUUGCACUUUGUAAAUGUUGGAGACACUCUUUGCCUAAGAGGUGUGAAAUCAGUAGACGUGGAGGAUAAAACCAGCAUCAGUGCUACGUUUGGUUUGUUGAAAUAUUGAUUCAUUGUGUGCCAACGAGAACUCCGAUUGGACUUAAAGGAAUAUUUUAACACAUUGGGAAAUGUGCUUAUCCGCUUUCUUGCUGAGAGUUAGUUGAGAAGAUGCCACUCUCAUGAAGCUAUAGGCAUACAUACAGUUAGCUUAGCUUAGCACAAAGAGUGGAAACGGAGGAAACAGCUAGCCUGGCUCUGUGAAAAAGACAAAAACAAAAAUCUGCCUACCAGCAACUUUAAAGCUCAGUAAUUAACACGUUAUAUCUUAUUUAUUUAGUCUAAAACGACAAGUUGCAGUUUUACAGGGGGUUAUGUGCCAAGAAACAGUCCGCUACAUAACCCCCCGUAAAACAGAGAAUUGUCAUUUUUACACUUUGUGUUAAACAAACAAGAUAUAGCAUGUUAAUUAGUGAGCUUUAGAGGUGCUGGUAGGUGGAUCUUGUUACCUUUGGAUAGAGCCAGGCUAAUUGUUUCCCCCUGUUGCCAGUCUUUGUGAGAGUGGUAUCAAUCUUCUCAUCUAACUCUCGGCAAGAAAGCGAAUAAGCAUAUUUCCCAAAACAUUGAACUAGUUCUUUAAAGCAGACAGAUAAAGGCCUGGGCGAGCCCUCAGAAGUACAGAGUGGUUCAGUUUGCAUUGAGCAGGUUUGAUUUAGGUCUGGUUAGCGUAAGAUCAAGAUCAGGGUCCUCUUAUUCAGGUUUUAAGAAAGAUGUAUUAAAAAGGAUUGUUUUGCUGUUCGAGAGUCAGCUCUGACAUAUUUUCAGACAAAAUAUUCACUGUCUGUGAGUCCUAGUGCAGAUUUUCUGUAAUAACAUUGGAAUCCAGCCUUCUUCGGCCCACCGUCGUAUUACUAACAUUGUCUGCCCUGCUACAGCAUAAAUUCCCCCGUGGAAAGCCAUCUCUCCCCGGAGAAGGUCGAACAGAAUCUGCUGCUCAGACGGCCAUUUUUCUAUGGCUCCCUCUUUUCUUUGUUUUGUUAAUUAACCCAUGUUCCUUAAGUUUAACUUUGCAUAUUGCACUGAAAUUAAUCUGCCUUGUUUUAGCACAGUGUGCGAUGAUACUACUCUAGUGUGACCCAAUCCAGUAAUCACAGUUAUUAUACACAGAAAUCAGUGAUUAUAGACACUGGUCAUCUUGUUUUGCUGAAAGAAAAAGAUCAUUUAUGAAGAAAGUGCUUGAAGCUACUGUAUUUUCUCAAACUGGUUUAUCGUGUUGAUGCAUUAGUUUGAGUUCUUCACUGAUAGUACUGAAGAAUAGGAAGAUACACUGAUUUUAUUUAAGUUUAAUGCUCAUUACUUGGCCCAUAAAUCCUCCCAAAAUUCAAACAGAUUCUCUUGUGCACAGCUCUAAACCCAGGGUGAGAGGAGUUAGGUUGUAAUGCCAAAGUAUCGCUCACAUUCUAGCUUUAUUUAUCAUCUUUGUCUCAUAUAAUUGAUAUCAGAGCCACGAUUAAUUCUUUUAUUCAGUUUUAGAAACAUUUGCACAUUGGCUCGGGUAUCAAACGGCCCCCAGACUUGUGGUACAACUUCACAAAACCACAGUUGAUAUGGAUUUGACAAAAAAAAAGUGACGUUUGUGUCGUUAAGUGUGUGUGCUGUGUGGUUUUGUAGCUCUAAAGGUAAACGCCAUGUAUUUAUAGGAGUUAUGUAAUUGACACAACUCACCUUCAGUACCAGCUUAGCGCACAAGAGGGCAAUAUUGCACAGAAAUGAAGUGGCAGCCUGAAUGCCUGAAAGAUUUUAAAAUGAUGAAAGUGCUACAGAGUGUUUUGAUGCAGCCGUUUGACAAAAAAAAAAAAAAAUUCUAUCCUAAUUUCCCCCCAAAAUUAAAGUGUAAAAUUAGAGAGAAGUCACCUGAAACCCCCUUUUUAUCCACUAAAUGCUCUGCACAUUGUCCAUACUGCCCGUUUGAAUGUUUUAGCUCAAUUUCAGGGACCAAAUGUGAGUUGCGUUAUGAUUCAUUGGUGUCAUAGCAAUGAUAUCUCUGUGAAGCUGUUUGUCGGGCAGUUUCUGCAUGUUUGUAUGUAUGUAUGGUUCAUAGGAGACACGUGACAAUGUGAGUGUUGUUGUUGUUGUAUUCUGUGUCGGUCUGUGCGGUUGUGCAUGUGAGUAGUAUAACAGGAUGUUAAUUUAUUUUCUUUCAUUAGAGGGGGUUGGUCACAUUCUUUAGCGGACCCCUAAAGUGUCAGAAAGGGUGAGGGCCUAAUUGUGAGUGACGCUGUGUUCAGAGGAACAGUUCACUGAGCAAUGUCUUAUAUAAUGUGGUGGUAACCUUUUUAUUUGAUGUGUUAGAAAUUACUUUUCUGCCAAUGAAACUGCAAGAACUGGACUGAAGUUGUUAGACCAGUGCACUUACUGUACAUCCUGAGCUGUAUAUAGCCAUAGUGUCCAGAAGAGAGAUAAAAGUGUAACCAACAGCUGACAUGCACAAACUAACCACUGGAUAGUAUUUUGAUAUUCACACAGUCGGAGUAUUCACACCCAGUGCCAUGAUCGGUCAUGAUGAAUAUUGUUUUUUUCCGCUCCAGGUACUGUGAUUCAGCCGCCGUCUAAGUGGCUGUAUGACCGUGUGUGUGUGUGUGUGUGUGUGUGUGUGUACUGCAAUAUCUAAAGAGACACCCAGCAACUAAUAAUCCUCUCUAGACUUUAAAAAUGCCAUCGCACUGCAGCGAGACGCUCAGCUCAAUAACCCUGUCUCUUUCAUAGGCUUAUAACUAAAGCUGCCCCCUCAGUCUAUUGUCGUCCAAAUGCCACAUAUUCCCCCCCGGACACAUACUGUGUACCUGCUGCGAUUGCAUGUGCAGUGCAGCUCAGAUAAUGUGUGAAUGGACUAUACGGACAAUCCAUCAAGAGACAAUGUACAAAACCCAAAGUGGCACUUGUAGAUAAUGUACAAUAUGUUCUUUUUUAAUUUUGUACCAGCCAAACCGCUGAUAUUUAUAACUAUUGCCUAUUUAUGUACAAAUUGUUCUCCUGUACAUACUCAGCAGUCAGUUGAAAUAAAAAUCUUUUGCAGUAUAAACA